ACAGGACACCGUGACAGAGAACAGGACACCAUGACAGGUGACAGAGAACAGGACACCAUGAUGGGUGACAGAGGACAGGACACCAUGAUGGGUGACAGAGGACAGGACACCAUGACAGGUGACAGGGAACAGGACACCAUGACGGGGGACAGAGAACAGGACACCAUGACGGGUGACAGAGGACAGGACACCAUGACGGGUGACAGAGAACAGGACACCAUGACAGGUGACGGAGAACAGGACACUAUGACAGGUGACAGAGGACAGGACACCAUGAUGGGUGACAGAGAACAGGACACCAUGACGGGGGACAGAGAACAGGACACCAUGACGGGGGACAGAGAACAGGACACCAUGACGGGUGACAGAGGACAGGACACCAUGACAGGUGACAGAGAACAGGACACCAUGAUGGGUGACAGAGGACAGGACACCAUGAUGGGUGACAGAGAACAGGACACCAUGACGAGUGACAGAGGACAGGACACCGUGACGGGUGACAGAGAACAGGACACCAUGACAGGUGACGGAGAACAGGACACCAUGUCAGGUGACAGAGGACAGGACACCAUGACGGGGGACAGAGAACAGGACACCAUGACGGGUGACAGAGGACAGGACACCAUGACAGGUGACAGAGAACAGGACACCAUGACGGGUGACAGAGAACAGGACACCGUGAUAGGUGACAGAGGACAGGACACCGUGAUAGGUGACAGAGGACAGGACACCAUGACGGGGGACAGAGAACAGGACACCAUGACGGGGGACAGAGAACAGGACACCAUGACGGGUGACAGAGAACAGGACACCAUGACGGGUGACAGAGGACAGGACACCAUGACGGGUGACAGAGAACAGGACACCAUGACGGGGGACAGAGAACAGGACACCGUGACGGGUGACAGAGAACAGGACACCAUGACGGGUGACAGAGAACAGGACACCGUGACGGGUGACAGAGAACAGGACACCAUGACGGGUGACAGAGAACAGGACACCAUGAUGGGUGACAGAGAACAGGACACCAUGACGGGUGACAGAGGACAGGACACCAUGAUGGGUGACAGAGAACAGGACACCAUGACGGGUGACAGAGGACAGGACACUGUGACGGGGGACAGAGAACAGGACACCAUGAUAGGUGACAAAGAACAGGACACCAUGACAGGUGACAGGACAGGACACCAUGACAGGUGAUGGAGAACAGGACACUAUGACAGGUGAUGGAGAACAGGACACCAUGAUGGGUGACAGAGGACAGGACACCGUGACAGGUGACAGAGGACAGGACACCGUGACGGGUGACGGAGGACAGGACACCAUGACAGGUGACAGAGGACAGGACACCAUGAUGGGUGACAGAGAACAGAACACAAAGAAACUGAUUUUGUGCGUUCCUGUUUGUGAGGAGAAUCCCUCAAAGAGGCGAUUUGGUGUUUAGUGCUAACGUUAGUUCCCAGGCUGAACAGGACAGAGCUGUCCUGAUGGAGCAGCCGUAGUUUAGAGAUACAGACCCCGGUGUGACACAGCAGUGACUGGGAUGAGACGGGCGUGCUGAGGAGGGCAGAGAGGCUCUGCGUUGGUGCCUAGGGUCCUCCAUGCCGUUCUGGAAGUGUGGGAUUCGUCCCAACAGUGUUGUGGAAUCUCGGACCUUAAAGAAAUGCUCAGUUUAUUUUUUUAAGGUGUGGGACCGAAGCAGAGGUCCAGGGGCGCUGCAGUGGUCCAAGGUGAUGCAGCAGAGAUAAUGUGGUCUUCAGCUGAAGUGAUGGGAACAGAAAGGAAAGGACAGACGGGAGAAAUAUUUAGGAGAAAGAAUUGAUUUCUGGUUAGGUAGAAAAUGGGAGAGGAGGAAGGAAGGAAGAGGAGCAAAGAGAGUUUUCUGAUUGGAAGCUGUCCCUGAGGUGUCAUUAGUGAGGACAGAAAACCAAAGGAGGACACGUUGGGAGAGCAUGGUGAGUUUGUUUAAAACCCCUUUACACGUAUUUAUUGAGUGGCUGGGGGGUAGGGGUCUCGUGUUCCACGGCGUCUAUGUGGAGGUCGAGGGACAGCUUGCAGGUGUUCUCUUCCGUCUUCUGUGUGCCAGGGGGCCUGUACUCGGGUCAUCCGACUUGGCAGCAUGUGGCCUUACUUACUGAGGCUUCCCCUCCCUGUUUGACAUGAAGCUGGGGUGUCUGUAGGGCACUGAGAAGUGUGGGCCCUGGGAAGAAUGUGAAGACGGGCCAGGUACCCAUGGCUGGAACAGACCGGCAUAGCCACAACGUAAUUGACAUCCUCCAGGCACGGCCAAAGGAUCAAAGAGUAAGUGAACAAACAGAGAGCACUUAGUCAUAUAAUCCUGCAGUAACCUCCGUGAAAGAAUUACUUACUGUCCUGUCCGUACAUGGUGUCUGAAGCUCGGUAAGCAGCCAGGUCACCCAGGUUGUGAGUAGGGGAGCAGCUAGCUGCUGGGUCAUCAGGGGACAUGACAACAUCAUUGGUGAAGAGAAUAGAGGUGACUAGACUUGGUCAUGUAUUUAGUUGGUCGUUAGAAGAGUUACCUGUAAAGUUAACUCAGGUGAAGACAAGAGGAGAUGAGAAGCAGGGUGGAGGGAGCAGUGUGUGUGUGUACAUGCCCAUCCUUGUUUGUGAAGCACAUGAUGAUGACUGCUACUUUUUUCCCCUUUUGGUUUUUUUGAAGCAGGAGCUCAGUAUGUAUUUUUGGACGGCCUAGAACUCACUUGUAGACCAGGCUAGGUCUAACUCACAGAGAUGUGCUUGCCUCUGCCUCCUGAGAGCUGGGAUUAAAAGCAUGGGUGGUUAACAUUUAUGGUAGAUUGGUUGAUUGAGAAACGUGAUUAAGGGUAGGAGAGGGGAUAAUUUACAGAAAAAGUUUGAGGUAUACUGGGGGCAUGCUCAGUAGCAUUUGGUGGGGUUAUCCUAGAAGGAAGUCAGGACAGCCAUUCUCUAGAGAGAGUAUAAAGGCUCCAUGUGGAUGUAGGUGAAUGUGCAGGUGGGUGGGGAAGGAAGCUGUGAAAUCCACUCCUGCGGCUGGGAGAGUAUUAGCAAGGGAACAGAUGAAGUCUGCUGCCAGAGGCCUUGAGACAGACAUUCAGAAGUGACCUCAGGAAAAGGAGCCGCUGGGUCAGGGAGGAUCAAGAGUUGUGCAUUUGUUUUAUUAUAUUUACUUAUUCUGUGUGUGUUGUGGAGCACUUGUGGAGGUCAGGACACAACUUGAGGGAGCUGGUUCUCCCCACCCUCCAUGUGUCUCUCCGUCGAGGUCUUCAGACUUGGCGGUAAUUGCCUCUACCCACAGGGCCAUCUUGUCCACCCAAGUAGUCCGUUCUUUAAGGUCCUGUCAGUUCUGUGAAGUUGGCUUUCCUGGAUGACGGCGUGUUAUGAUAACAUGUGAACUUCUGAACAGAACACUGUGGCCUUGCCUGAGCGUCAAGUUUAGUGACGUGGAGGAACCUAAGGUGGACCAAGAAGAUGGGGAGCCAAAGACCGAAUGUUAAGGAAUUUGAGUGCUAGCUGCAGGGAAAUCACUCACAUCAUGAGGCUUCAGUUUUCCUGUCUGGUGGUGGAGGAAGUUAGAUUUUAUGUCUUCUCGUCUCAUAGCUCUCUGGAGUCCGGGGAAACUUGCACACCAUUAGAAAAAAAAAAACUAAUGGAUCAGAGCAAAUCAAGCCCCUGCUCACAGAAGCUCUUAGGCUCCUGUCCUUAGGGGGUUGGCAGCUUAAGAUCAGGUCAGCUGUGGGAUAAUUUGUGGCCCUGGACGUCAGCUGGGGAGAGGUCACAGCCAGGAAAGGAGACGGAGAGGAGGGUGAAGCUGUGGCUGUCUGUGCCCGUCUUGUGUGACAUGGCUCACUCUGUAGCCAUCUUUUAAGAAUGGAGCUAACCCCAGGGGUGGGGCUGGUAUUAGGGGGUGAGUCCAGGUCAGGUAAGUGGCUGUGGAGAUUACUGUAAUAACUUAACAAGCUACAAAGGUGACAGGACACUCUCUUGACAAUUAAGCCUCUAAUCUUUAGGCUGUCAGAGGUCCCAGAAACCUGGGUCCCCGUCCCCCCCCCACGUUCCACUGUUAGACAACUGAGUGCCUGGAAAAUUCUUCACAGGAAGAAACAGGGUGUAACAGACUUAGUGAAAUGUUUUUCCAAAAUUCACUCUUUUAAGGCUGGGGAUACUAUUCUGUCUCCACUCCAGUUAUCUAGAGUCUGAAACUCUUAUUUGCCCCCCGUAAUUAAAUAUUCUUCAAAGUGAGGCAUAGUCUAAAAAUGAAAACCAUUUCAUCUUGAACUUAAAUUGUCGUCUCUAAAUGUGUUCUCCCAUUUCCUGAGAAACAGCAGGAAGGAGAUGCUUUCUCUAAAUAAACCAAGCAGCCUGAGUGUGAACUCAGGGCAGUGGGGAUCAAAGACUCCAGCGUGGUCACCCAAGGGGAGUUUUCCAGUCCUUUCUAUAACCUCAGAAAGACAAGUCUAAUGCUAGUGCUCUUGUUUAUCUAUUGGUUUGGCAUGAAGCAUGAGAAUGUGUGUGUAACUUGGGAGCAUGCCUUGAGUGUGCUUGAGAUGGUCUUGGCAUCAUUGGCUGUCUCCGUCCUGGAAUCUGUUCCUAAGAUGUAAUUGAUGAGGGUGGCAUACCUCAGUGGGGAAAUAUCCUUCUUAGCCAUGGCAUUUAAGAACAGACCACCAUCUGAGUUCCUGCGUGGCGGUGGUUUGACUAAGAACGGUCCCCAUGGACUCAUUUGGAUGCUUGGUCCCCGGGUUGUAGAAACCUUUGAUAGGACUGGAAGGAUUAGGAGGGAUGGUGGUGUUGGAAGAAGUAGUUCACUAGGGGUGGACUUGGAGGUUUCAACAGCCCAUGCUAGGCGCAGUCCCGCCCCCUCGUGCUUUCUGUCUCUUGGUCUCUGUCUGUCUGCGGGAUGAGAACGCAGCUCUCAGCUCCUCCUUCAGCACCACGCCUGCCGCUGUGCUCCCUGCCAUGACAGUCACCCGAAACCGUCAGCCAGCCCCUGAUUAAAUACCCUUUUACAAGAGCUGCUUUGGCCAUGGUGUCUCUCCAUGGGAACAGAACAGCAACUAAGACCUGGCUCUCUUUGAACUUAAACUCUGUAUAGCCCAGUAAACUGUUUUCAUGGCCGUUCCAGGAGGAAACUGUUAGCAGCUUAAACCCUCAGCUCCACUGAAAAAUGGAGUUGGUGACAGUAAUUAUAGAUGAGUCUGUAUGUAUAUUUAUUUAUCUUUAGAUAAGAAUAGGGUGUUUAUUAAUACUCAUUUCCAGAGACAAGAUUUCGUGAUCACUAUCAUUCGUCUCAUAAUGUGUGGUGCUGUUCUGUCCGUGGUGUGCAGCAGGUCAGACAGUUUGUACUGGGAAUAUUGCGUAUAAUUGGCACCUUUGUACAAUUAUCUGAAGAGACUAAAUUCCCGCCUUGCGUUGUCUCUCAAGAAAGGAUAGAGAGAGCAGGAUGCAGCUCAGCACCUGGGUGGCGUGCAUGAGGCUCCUGGGUGGCAUGCACGAGGCUCUGGUCCAUCCCUAGCCUGGAAAGCAAAGGAGAAGAAAGGUAACAGCAGAGAUCAAAGCAGCCAGGGCUCUCGUCCAUUUCUCAUUCUCUUUCUUUUUGACCCAAGUCUUUCUAUUUAGUAUGCUUCUUGUGGACCGAGUUUUUUCCUACUUGACCAGCACCAUAUGUAUGUAAGUAUAUUCAAGUCGUUCACAUCCAGUGGGAUCAGUGGUGAAGGGUUAGCACUUACCGUGUUUGCGAUUGCUCUCCAGCUGUUGCUUUUGAUGUUGGCUACCCCUCUUCUGCCUUAGGUGUUUUUGUUUGUUUGUUUAUUUGUUUUGUCGUUUCUCACUGUGUUGUUCAGACAGGCCUCCAGCUCACUCACAGUCCUUCGUUCUCUCUGCCUCUGGGAUUACAAACGCGUAUUGCCAUACUUUCUUUUAAAAGUGUUGAGUGAUGGCCUUAGAGUUUUUGAUUGCG